AGCGGCGGGCGGAAAACCCGGAGCCAGAUCCGGAUCCGGAGCCACGGGAAGAACCGGGUUCGGGCCGGCUGGAAAACACGGAACCGGAGCGCAGUACGGAAUGGAGCCGGCCAUGAGAACGGCGGUUCCGAUCCAGGCGGGAUUCGGGUCAACGCAAAGAAACGGAACCGGAUUCGGGUUGGUCUCGAGGAACGGAACCGGAACCGGGUUUGGAGCCGGGGGAAGACACGGAACCGGAGCCGGGUUUGGGUCGGGACCGGAGAAUGGGAGAAGAACCGGAGCCGGGUCGCAGGUUCCGGGAUCCGGGUUUGGACCCGGAGGAGGAAGAACCGGAACCGGAACCGGGCCGCCACCGUCACCCGGAACCGGGUUUGGGUCGGUACCGAGAUCCGGAGCGGGGGGAAAACCCGGAUCACCGACAUCCGGGUUCGGGAACGGAGGAAGGGCCCGAUACGGAACCGGAACCGGGUUCGGAAUCGGGGGAAGAACCGGAACCGCGGAACGAACCGGAUCCGGGUCGCAGCCGUCGGGAUUCGGGUCCGGGGGGAAACCUGGAACCGGAUUCGGAUCGGGAGGAUCCGGGUUCGGUUCUGGGUAUCAACCGGGGGCAAAACCCGGAUCCGGAUCGAUGGGAAAAGCCGGAACCGGGUUCGGGUCGAUGGGAAAACCCGGAUCCGGAUCCCACUCACCGGGAUCCGGGUUCGGCUCAAUGGCAAAACCCGGCACCGGAUCGUCCAACCCAGGAUCUGGAUUCGGGGCCGGAUCAAAACCCGGAGCCGGAUUCUCGGCCCAAUCCGCCCUUUCGGGCCCAUUUUUACGGCCCAGAACCACAGAACGACCCGGUUCCGGUCCCACCUCGUCCCCUUUGGACCCCCCCCCAAUUAUAGGGACCCCAGAGCGGGGUCGUUUGGGGACCCCCCCCCAUUUAUCCCGGCUCCCAUUGGACGAGGAGCUGCGGCACAUGGAGUUCCAGCACCGUCAGCUCCUCCGAUCCCAAAAGCUGGAGCGGCUCCGUCGGGCCUGGAUUAAUGGGGAGGGGGCUUCCAACGACCCCCCCCCAUUAUUAUUAUUAGCUGAUAUCUCUGAGGCUCCUGAACGUGACACAACCAGCGCUUAUAA